AGUUUGUUUUUUCUGAUAAGGUUAAGAGUCGAAACAGGCGGUCGUAGUUAACAAUACAAGCGGUACGUGUCGAUCUUUCAGUGCAGACCUAUGUAUUCGCAGGCGUGUUCGAGUAAGUCCUGCUCUCUCUUUAUACGCUAUGCUGAAUGUCGUUUCUUUGUCCAAGGUGGAACGUUGGCUUUGUCACGUUGACCGUUAGUCAUAUUGUUUGUUGCUCUCAGGUCUCACUAUUUGUCCAUCGACCGCCUACCAGCAUUUCGCUCGCGACGCUACCAAGUACAUGCAUGCUUCAUUGGAUUUCCUCCUCGGUUACCUUUCCUGCUACCUUGGUAGUGGGUCUCGACUCUCUGCAAAACGCUAAUGACACUAAAUUUUGCGGUGUAGUUCUCUUGUCUCACUGGUUUGUUUUCAUUCCUUUGUCCUCCUGCCUGAUUUUUGCUCGCCGUCUUACCAAGCACAUAUAUACUCAACGGAGCUCUUUCAGCUCCCAUCUCCUUCAAAAAUGAUGUCGAAUGUUUCUACUACCUUGCUGGUGUAUCUCGGGGUUUGUACGAGAUGAGGGUUAGUUCCGGACUUUGGUCAAAACUGCGGGAAGUUCAUUCGAUGGUUGCCUGGUUUAGAAUUGGCUUGGAGCCCUGCUGAAUGCUGCGCAUGGCGGUGGUGCAUGUGUUUGUUCUUGCACGCUUCUGUAUAGCCUUAUUUAUAGCUAGGAUCGGUACCACCCAAAUUAUAAAGCCUUCGCCCGAUGUACAGGCGUUUUCGCCUUCCGGAC